AUGUACACAUCGGCUUUUUUCGACCAUUGCUUUGAAGCAAUUUUCGGAAUAGUACACCGACCGCAUUUCGAAGACCGCUUAAGGGCGCAUUUUGAGCAAGAUUCGAAAGAUGUUACAGAGGACAUUGCUUGGUACGCGCUUCGAAACACAAUAUAUGCCGCUGGUUGUCGACAAUUGCUCUUAAGAGAGCAGUCGGUCAAAUAUGCACAAGCACAAGCCGAAGCAUUUCGAUAUUUCUACCGGGCAUUUCAAGUACAAACUGAUCUCAUGUAUGGCCCACCAACUCUAGAGGCCGUACGUGCCCUCACAGCAAUGAUGUUCUACGCUGACAGCACCGGAAAUCAAUAUUUUGAGUACAUGAUGUGCGCAAAUACCGUUGGUUUAGCACAGGCUAGAGGAUUACAUCGACAACCGUCCAAGGCUCUGCAGUUGUCCCCCGUCGAGGUCAUGCAUCGAAAUUGGUUAUGGUGGGCGAUUUACUGCUGCGAAAAUAAAGUCUCGUUUCGUUCAGGUCGUCCGUCCUUCAUCAACGAUGCCAACAUAAGCUGUAAUAUCCCGGAUCAAGCUCCACCAGGUAGCACCAUCAAUGUGGCCUUUUUCAAGCACGCCAUCAAAAUAGGUCAAUAUACGGCACAAAUACACCGUCGCAUUACUUCAGUCGCCACAAUUCGGCAGGAUGCGACUCAGUUCGUUCAAACAAUGAACGAAAGCAAAGAGCAGAUCGAAAUAUGGCGAGAAAGCAUGGGGGACGGCUUUGCAGUUGGGCAGCCAAUCAAGCCAGAACGAUUACCACCUAAUGUGCGACCUCUCCACAUCACGUACCUUCAUUUCGCCUAUUACGCCGGAAUCCAGGCUGUCUUCACGGUCUUCACAUGUCCCUGGUUAAGUGCAUUCCUCAAUAUUGAUAGUGACCCAUUAUUUCGCCUGCAGGCGGCGAAUAAAGCUACUCAGGUAGCGGAAGCGGCAAGAGGCAUAAUUCUCAUGUUCAAAGCCAUGGAACUGAAUGCAGGACUUCCUGCUUGGGCAACAUUCUAUUUCCCCAUGUCUGCUUUUACCAGUCUUUUUGUAUUCGUGGUGAACUCACCGAAUAGCCCAACUGUGCAGGCUGACCUGUCGUUGUUGGACAUUGCUGCGGGCCACUUCAGCCAUAUGGAGUAUCUGACUUCCCUGGAGCUGGGUGCGUCCUUUUCUCGUGAGGCUGCCCGUCUUGCACGAGAAGUCGUGGGCAAGGCCAGGUCCAAGCCUGCCACGCGAAUGGGCUCUUCGAAUCCUCAAGAGGACCUCGACAUGAAUGCGAGCACUGUUUCAAUACCUCAAUUGGAGUCUUUCCAAGCAGAUGAAUUUGAUUAUGAAGGUUGGAAUAUGUACUCUUUGGAUGUGGCGAAUGUCUGGUCGGGUGAAAGCGACUUCCUCGACUUCACUAAAUUCUCGCCGCAAUAA